AUGGAGUAUGGUAGCAAUUUCUUGUCCGAGUUUGACCACUUGUUAGGCGUGCCGACCUCAACGGUUGGUAGUUCAAGCAUAGAUUCUAGCUCCCGAGCGGAUCAUGCAUCCCCUUCAUUGGAGUUUGACUUUUGGGGGCUUGCCAACGACGAUACGCCGGCAAAGUUUUCUGAUGCUCUGACUCCAAUGACAACGCUUCCAGGUCUACAAGUGGAUUAUCCCAACGCGAAUUCCCAGACCGGUCUCAGCCAGAACAACCUGGCAGCAUUCAACAGCUUAUCCGAGAAUCAAGACAAGGAGGACGCGCCAGGAAAGGUUGACCCGCCCAAGCCCGAGUCCUCAUGCCACACCGCAACCUCAUCCCGAGUUCGAUUUGAUCCUCCGAAAGGUCCCCGGAAACAGCAUCGGACCGGCUUCCGUCAGCUUCCCGGAGCUAAUGGCGUGAUCAAGAGGGGCAGACCCUCAAAGAAUGAAUACAAAUCUGCGGGCGUGGAAGUCGACAUGUAUGCCCUCAAGGGCAUCACUCUCAACGGGCCUGCCAAGUCUUUGGAUGAAGUCAAGGGCGGCGAAGCGAUAGCCAAAAGGCCCCGAAGUACCAGGAAGACCAGCCGCAAACCCAAGAGCUCCGUGUCAGCUGCUGUCAAAUCAAAACCGACACCUGGACCAUCAAAAGCAAGCCAGAAAGAAUCUCGAUCCCAACAAGUCCCAACGACCUCCAGUCAAAGUUUCAUAGAUGUUGCAAAUAUGCCCUUCGACUUUUCUUCCUUACAAGGGACUUCAAAUCCAGAUUCCCAACUGGCCGAGUCCAACGCCGGAUUCAACGAGCAAGGAUACAUGGCAGCUCUCCAAGCCUUCGAUAACGAAAUCGCCAUGCAGUUCAACUCCGGUAGCCAUCAUCUAUCCCAGCAAAAUGCUGACGCGUCCCAGUGGGACCCCAACUCACAGCUUGGCCUUAGCAGCUCCCAGCCAUCUACUGACUUGCAGCCAUUGACUAACUUGCAUCCAAUGACUAACUUGCAGCCAAUGACUAACUUGCAGCCAAUGACUAACUUGCAGCCAAUGGCUAACUUGCAGCCAUUGACUAACUCGCAGCCAUUGCAGCCAUUUAGCAAUUUAGAGUCAUCAGCUAACUUACAGUCAUUUAAUUACCUACAGUCAUCGACUGACUUACAGCCAUUCACUAGCUUACAGUCAUCGACUGACUUACAGCCAUUCACUAGCUUACAGUCAUCGACUGACUUACAGCCAUCCACUAUCUUACAAUCAGCCAAUGACUUGCAACCGUCUCUUGACUACCAGUCAAUGACUGACUCCCAGUUAAUGUCUGAAAUCCAAUCGUUGACUGAUUCACUGCCAUUGCAGCCCCCACCUGACUUCCAGCCAUCAUCUGACUUUCCGGCCCUCAACCCACCGGAAGCUUCGUAUAUCCCAGCUUCCGUCGAUCUGGAGCCCAGCUCGACUUUCCCCCCCUUGAGUUGGGAUAUUAACUCAAGCCAAUCGUAUGCCAAUCCUCCGGCAGGACUUGAUGGCAAUCUCCCUUACCCUGUAGACUUACAAUAUGUCACUGGAACCUUGGAUAGCGCAAACGUUUAUGACCAAUUAUCGUACCCUGCCAAUCCUCCCGUUGGACUUGAUGGUACUCUCCCUUACCCUGCAGACUCACAAUAUGUCGCUGGCGGUAUCCUCUCUUACCCAGAUCAGUCACAAUAUGUCGCUGGUGGUGAUCUCCCUUACCCAGAGUCACAAUAUCUCGCUGGAACUUCGUCGAACUCAAAUGUUAACGAUCCCUCCGCGUACCCUAAUUCGGUCUUGCAGAACUUCCCAUAUUAA